CCUGGUGGACACUAGAGAGAAUGCAGGUUAUACACAUGAAGCGGAGGAUGACGCCUGGUUUUAACCUGCUAUGAUGCAAUAACUUGGUGUGUUUAGAUAAAGCGGUCGUCUCGUUAGUUGUGCUUAGAGAUUCAUUCCUUAACAAUGAAGAAGACUUCUCUUUUAUGUCUAAUCUGUUAACUCACAGUCUGAUCAUGUUUUAUGUCUUUUCUGAGUGUGCAUUGAAUGCAUCUUCAGACUCUAAUAUAAGGACUGGGAGGUCACGUUGAGCGCAGAGAGAGCGAGCUGAGAGCAGAACAAUCAGGUGAAGCAGCGAUUAACAUCUUAGCGCUGCAGGUGUGUUUCCUUUUACUUAAGCGUUGAUCCUCUUCCUGUCACCGUUAGCUCCGUCAGCAUUGCACGUUGCCGUGCUCAGAGUCGCGUUCAGGCGAGAGGAGGUCGUUGAGCUUCUGGAGGUUUAUUUACUGACUGAGAGCUGAAGCCCUUUGAUCCAGUCACAGAGUUAUAAUAAUACUAUUAUGGUUAUUAAACUAAUAUCACGAUAACAGAGGAACAAGCGCUGACUGAUGUUCUUCCAUCCUUUCAUCUCCCAAACACAACCAGCUCCUCCGGUUCUGGUUCCUGAUGUUUAACCCAGUAGGUUCCGUCAGGGUUGGUUCCUUCAGAAACUCAAAGACUAACCUUUUUAUUGUCUCUCCUAGAACUCUAGUCCGGAUUAAACGCGUAUGUUAGUUUUACGUGUUUGUGGUGUGUCUUUUAGCAUGAAAUCAGAAGCUGAAUCUGUAAUAAAUGGUUUAUAAUAGAGAUGUAGACCAUAGUGGAUCUGUGAUCCGUACUGACCCCCCUCACAGUCUCCUCCUCCUCUUCCUCCUCCUCCCCCCCAGCAGACGCCUACCUAGCAUCAUGACCCAGCAGAUGCAGAACCUUCAGUUGUCUCAGACCAGGAAGUGUCCCGGUGGUCCGGCCUCGCCGAGCGCCGCCAAGCGUCUCUACAGGAACCUGUCGGAGAAGCUGCGAGGAAGCACCUCCUCGUUUGAAGACGCCUACUUCUUCGGCAAGACGGACCGCCUCCGCAAAGCCUCGACGAUGCAGGGCGGCGACUGUCUCUUCGAGGCCGUGGAGCAGCAGGACCUGGACACGGUGCAGAUCCUCCUCUACCAGUUCUCGGCCGAGGAGCUGGACCUGAACACCCCCAACAGCCAGGGCCUGACGCCGCUGGACAUCGCCAUCAUGACCAACAACACGCCCAUCGCCAAGCUGCUGCUGAAGGCCGGCGCCAAGGAGAGUCCUCACUGUGAGUACCUGUAGUUCAGUCUGCAGCCUGAGGGGCCGCUGUGGUUCUAAAACGCCCAUUAGCCCCCUGUGUGUGUGUGUGUGUGUGUGUGUGUGUGUGUGUGUGU